GUAAUUCAGUUCCACAUACCUGUGACUAAAUGUUUUGUUCCUUUGUAGACACUCUGUGAUCUGGACGUUGUAAUGUGGAAAUGAUAAACUGAGGCUGAAUGUGGCUGAAAUUGAACUUAUUUUUCUUGAGAAAUUUAAGGUUGUUCAUGAUGUUUUGUAGAAAGAAUGUAUUUUUUUGCACUCAAAGGAAAAUUUUGGAAUUUACGGGUUACUUUACUGUGAUUUUACUGGUCCGGCCUACUUGAGAUCAAAUUGGGCUGAAUGUGGAACCUGAACUAAAACGAGUUUGACACCCCUGCUAUAUAUGGUCCGACACAACACAAUUAUACAUUCUUAAACAACUAUGUAUAAUUUAGAGGUGGACUGUGGACCCAUUUUGAAUGAAAAGUGGAUUCUGUUUACAACCAAGGAGUCUGAUUUUGACUGGAGAUAUUAAAGUACAAGCCUUUUAAAAGGAACCUGUUGCAUGUACAUGAGCCUAAACAUGCAGCCAUAUAUGAAUGUUUGCACCAGUUUCUAUCUUGGAUUAGUCAUGCAUGGUUUCAGUUUCUCAAGAAGCACAUGUUGGUGUGCAAAUUGUCUCAUUUCCUUGUCCUCCCACAGGAAUAUCUCCUCUUGGUCUCAUUUCCCAUCCCUGCAUAAUCGCUCUGCCAUCUCUUGUCUGUUUUUUCUCUACUCUGCCCUUACCAACUCGACCUCAAGCGCCCUUUCCCCUCGUCUCUUCUGUUAAUCUGUCUCAAUUUCCCUCUUUUCUCCCUCUUUUUCCGUCGCCCUGCCUUUCCCACUUUCUUUUACCCCACUGGUUCGUCAUGUUUCAGAACCCCCAGAGAUUAACUUGGGGAUUAUGCCAUGGUUGGGUUUUAGUGGUUAUGUAAAAAAUCCAUCCCUAAAUCCAGAAUAAUUUGCCGGGAUUAGAUCCAUUUGUGUGCUUUGCAGGGAAAGGGAGGAGGUAGUAGCGGAGGUGGGUGGAGAAACGGUGACGGCGAGUCGAUGCGAGCGUUUUAAUCUAGCAGCGGGGAAUAGAGGAGGAGGAAUUAACUUUGGAUGCUCGCUGGUUGGCUCUCUUGCUGGAUGUCUGCUUUUGCAGCUCAGACAGUAUGAAUAUCGACUCCACCAGAUGAGUUGUGUCUCGGUAACUUCCUCAUCCAUAAGAAGGUGGCCUAUUUCUGUUCUGUUUGGAAAGUCUUGGAUCUCAGCUUUCAGCAGAACACCUUUGAAGACUGGAAUCAUAUCUGAAACAAACCAAGACAAGACGUGGAUUUUCUUUCCCUUCUUUCUCUUUGGGUCAAUUCCACCUGAAGAUCGUCUGCAUUUGCUUCGCACUAGAACUAGAUCUCCAUCUCUCAUGCCAAACCGUCAACUACGAUGAUGUUCUGCACCACCUUUCUGUCGGCUCCCUCUGAGGAACUUAAAGGUGAGGGUGGAGGAGGAGGAGGAGCAGCUGUAGGAGGUGGAGGUUUGGGCCCCGGUGGCUGCCUGUCUUCCCUACACUGCCUGGUUCUCCCUCAGGACGAGCUGUAUCCGUCUCUCUCCGACCCCACCGCCCGGCUCUCCAUUUGCGCUGAAGAGCGAGCGUGCAGCCUGGUCGGCAAAAUGCUUCUAGACGUCAGCAUGACCACCUGCGGAGCGCGAGACAGAGGGUGUAUCUGGGACAGGGUGAGGAGGAGACGCAGCCGUUCGGCCUCGCCUUCGCCCAGUAAAACCCCCAAAAGCCCCUGUAGCGAGAGUGUCGGAGGACCUACGUUGCCCAUGGCCACUGUCGACAUCAAAAACCCAGAGAUCAACAGUGUUCAGCGUUACCAUAACAACUCUCAGAUGAACAACAUCGUGCACUCUUCCUUCCAGAAGAGGGAGAAAAAGGGCAAAGGGAAGAAGAAGAGGUUGACGAAGGCAGACAUCGGCACGCCGAGCAACUUCCAGCACAUUGGGCAUGUAGGAUGGGAUCCAAACACAGGCUUCGAUUUGAAUAACUUGGACCCAGAGCUGAAGCACCUGUUUGAUAUGUGCGGCAUCUCUGAGGCUCAGCUGAAGGACAAGGAGACCUCGAAGAUCAUCUACGACUUCAUCGAGAACAAAGGAGGCGUGGAGGCUGUCAAAAAUGAGCUACGGAGACAAGCUCCUCCACCUCCUCCAUCCAGAGGCGGUCCUCCUCCUCCACCCCCCCACCACAGCUCGGCCCCUCCUCCCCCUCCUCCCGCCCGGGGCCGAGGCGCCCCGCCGCCUCCUCCCCCCUCCAGAGCUCCCGUCUCUGCACCCCCGCCUCCCCCUCCAUCACGACCGGGCAUGGGCGCCCCGCCGCCGCCUCCCCCACCCAGCCGAGGCUCUCUCCCGCCUCCCCCUCCGCCGGCCCACGCCUCGAUUCCAGUCGUGCCUCCCCCGCCGCCUCCUCCGCCUUCAUCCUCAGCUCCAUCCAGCACCGGCGCGCCUCCUCCUCCCCCUCCUCCACCGCCGCCUCCCGGCCCUCCACCCCCUGCUCCUCCACCGUCCAUGGAGGCCAACGGAGGGGACGGCGGGAACAAGUCGGCGCUGCUGAGUCAGAUCAGAGAGGGAACCCAGCUGAAGAAGGUGGAGCAGAAAGAGAGGCCGGUGUCCAGCAGCACCGGCAGAGAUGCACUUCUGGACCAAAUCAGACAAGGAAUCCAACUCAAAUCUAGGGAUGAAAACACAGAUUCAGCACCUUCCACCCCGGCCCCGUCGGCAGGCAUUGUCGGGGCCCUGAUGGAGGUGAUGCAGAAAAGGAGCAAAGCUAUUCACUCUUCAGAUGAGGACGAUGACGAUGAAGAUGAUGAGGACUUUGAGGAUGACGAUGAAUGGGACGACUAGCGAUGUUUUCUCAACCCCCUGGAUGAUCAUGACACUAAAAAUUGUUCUUGUCUUUCUAAAAAAAAAAAAAAAAGAAAUCUUUAAUUUCAAAAUUAUAAAUGUAAAUGUUCUAUCAAUUUGCUGUAUAUUUUUGUUGCCUUUAUGCUUUUUUUUUAUUAAUCUGUGCAAUACCUCAUUUAAUCUGUAAAUGUUUCUCAUCUUAGGUUGUUGUUUCUCUACCUUCGUCAUGUCUGAACUCUGUUGGCUACAUCUCUGUCUCUUAUAGCAAUAUGUCUAUAUGUCUCAUCUCUCAUUUUAACUUUUUGCUUCUCUUUUUUUUUUCCCUCUUUCUCCUCCACCCACAUCUCCAACUCUGUUUAUAACCUCCAUCUGCCACUCAGCCAUCUUCCAUAUCUGCUGCCUCCCAUCACACAUGCUCCCUCUCAUGUUUUCCCAGAUUAACGUGCAAUUUUAAAUCAACUUGUCUCUUGAACCUUAGAUUUGAAUGUUGUUGGUUUUUUUUGGUCAGUGAUUGAAGGGAGGGCUUACAGGACAACAAGACAAGUUGCCAGAAAGUUUUUGAUUAAUCGUGUCAUCUUUGUUCGUUAGAAGGGCAGAAAAAAAUUUACUAUUUUCAUACCCUAUUGCUCUGUAGUUUAUUUUUACGUAUUCAAAUGAUCCUAGUUUAGCACUCAUAUUUUCUUAAAGAAGAAAAAGGCUCUUUUUUGGAAUAUUUAGCUUCAUUUUUGCUGUGGACUGUAAAUUUGCUCCAGAGUUUGAGUCUUGUUAUAUUUUUGCACAGAUUGAAAGAGGAGACUCGCUGCAUGAAUACAGAACAUUUUCAGGUCUGCGUCAUAAUGGGACAUACAUUAUGCUUUAAGUCAUGACAAAGAACACACGUGGACAUUACUCUUUUUUUAACCGUUAACACAUCACACUACACACAGCAAUGGAGGUAGCCCACAGUGUUACGGCUGCCUGUCUCUUGUGAAUUUUUUGUUUUGUCACACUACAGAUUCAGUUGAAUUUGUGAUUUUUCUUUCUUCCUUUUCUCUCUUUCUUUUUUUACAUUAGCAAGCAGAGUAUUAAAAAAAUGCCUGUUUGUUGGAAUCAGGUCACUCAUCGUGUAAAGCUUGAGGAAUAAAGACAUUUUAGUUUUACACACCUGAUGCUCAUAAUGGGUCCAUAUGCAAAGUUACUGUACAGAAACAGCAGGGUUACAGUAGUGUUCUUCCUGUUGUAGACAUUAAAUGCUGACACGCUUUGUGGAGAAACUUUAGAUUCAUGGCAUUCUUCUAACAAGUAUCAACAUUUUCUUGACUAACUAGUACAUCAAGACAUAGGAAUCACUUGCAUAAAGAACCCAGAUGGUGGCUGAUUAUUCCCUGCAAAGACCAAACAAUUAUGUUGACAUACAUGAUUCAGGCUUUUUAAAAACCCGUAAUAAAUACAUAUUUAUUUAAAGAUGGAUUUGUCACAGAGGACAGCACUUUUAAAUAAUAUCGGUUAUGAAAAUUAUGCAAAAAAUCUGCUUUAUUAGGUGUGAAAGAUAGCUGCAAUGGUAAGAAAGUAGAGCCUGACCAAUGCCAACAUUUACAAUUCAUAAUAGAAUUGGCUGUUUAGUGUUUAUAUAUGAAUGUUGGUGUGAUUUUGAAAAAUGAUGGAGUCAUUGCAUUUCUCACCAACUAGUUUUCAUUUCAACAAGAAAACAAAGUUUGACUCCGCACCACUAUCUGCUCUGCUACAGGUGCUGCAGAUGGUGAUGAUGGUAUUAUAAACAGUACCCCUAUUAUUUCUAUAUUCUGCUUUCAAAUCGAUGCAUAUCAGGACAAGAUAGCCAGUACCUGAUAAUAUGAACCGAUUGAUCGAUUGGUCAGGCUCUAAAAGAUAAAAACUAUUUGCAGCUGUUAUUUCAGCAGUUAAAUCAUAGCCAAAUGUGGAGAGUUUCAAAUUUCUUACUAACCAAAGCAACACUAACUUUUGCACUAACUGUAGCACAAAAUGGAGAGAGAUGUUUGCAAUGAGGUAAUAUCCAUCUUCAGUAUGCUAAUAUUAGCUGACAUAGUAGCUAGUUAGGCUAAUGUUUGGGUCGGGUUAAGCAUCAUAAGACAUUUUAGGGUGAAGGGAAUCACAUAUCAGUAAGAAAGCACAUCCGUGUCUCAUGGAAUCUAAUGCUAACCAGUCAGGAAAGGCAGGUUCAGUUAUUGCUUAACAUAGGUAAGAGGAAAAGUUUAUUACUUUUUUUUUUUCUGAAUGCAAGGUCUCAUAUCUUUGCACUUAACCUCUUAAGCCCUGGCCAUAUUUUCAGAAAGAAAUGCCGGGAUUUCUUCGGCCCACCCGUGGGCCAACCGGGCUUAAGAGGCAAAAUGUUUGCUAACUGCUCACCCUUUUAGCUUGGCCUAUCAAAGCUUCUCUGCAGUGGCCAUUUUGUCUCCGCAGUUAGCUAGCUAUUAGCUAAAUCUAGUAACUAAAUCUCUCAUUCAGGUAGACAUAAAGCUGUUGAAAUUAUGACUGUUGGUCAUUUAGAGUGAUAGCGUGUGUCUGUUCUAAACCUGAAAUCAAAAACAUGUUGUGACACUAACUUUAUUGACAAGCUAAUGAGCUGUGCUGCAGCUAAAACUGGAAAUUUAGCAUUCCAGUAUGCUAACUAGCAACAUGCUAGCACUGCUAACAUGCGUGUAGAAGACCCAAUAACGAAACUCAUAGUGUGUCAAAUAGGAGAAAUAUGUGUCGUCUUAAAAAUUGUGUCUUGAGAGACAAAUUGCCACUUGUUUGAUGUAAGAACUGACCUCUUUUGUCAAAUGUUAUGAUACUUUUUGGGGAAAAUAAAAAUCUAGCCAUGUUUUCGCUGAUGUUAGCUUCUGUAGGUAACUUGGUUAAUAAGAUGUUAUGGACGCCAAGUCUUAUCAAAGAGCCUGGACAAAUAAUGAACUACAUUGUACACUCCAAUAAAAGGUUGAUAUUUA